CCCAAGGUGGCGAUCAUGAACCCACAGUCAGCGGUGGGCUUUGGGCUGGACCCGGACCUUCAGAUGGAUAUUAUCACCGAACUCGACCUGGUCAACACCACCCUCGGAGUCACCCAGGUGUCCGGACUGCACAAUGGCAGUAAAGCAUUUUUAUUCCAAGAUACAGAGAGAGAGAUCCACGCAGCUCCUCAUGUGAGUGAGAAGUUCAUCCAGCUGUUCCGGAAUAAGAGUGAAUUCACCUUUUUGGCCACCGUACAGCAGAAGCCAUCGACUUCCGGAGUGGUACUGUCUAUUCGAGAAUUGGAGCACAGCUACUUUGAGCUGGAGAGCAGUGGCCUGAGGGAUGAGAUCCGAUAUCACUACAUGCACAGGGGGAGGCCCAGGACAGAGGCGCUUCCCUACCGGAUGGCCGAUGGGCAGUGGCACAAGGUCGCUCUGACAGUUAGCGCCUCUCACCUGCUGCUCCAUGUGGACUGCAAUAGGAUUUACGAGCGUGUAAUAGAUCCUCCAGAGACCAACCUUCCCCCAGGAAGCAACUUAUGGCUUGGUCAGCGCAACCAAAAGCAUGGCUUAUUCAAAGGGAUCAUCCAAGAUGGAAAGAUCAUCUUUAUGCCGAAUGGAUACAUAACACAGUGUCCGAACCUAAAUCGCACUUGCCCUACCUGCAGUGAUUUCUUAAGCCUGGUGCAAGGAAUAAUGGAUUUACAAGAACUUUUGGCCAAGAUGACAGCAAAACUAAAUUAUGCAGAGACAAGACUUAGUCAAUUGGAAAACUGUCAUUGUGAGAAGACCUGUCAAGUGAGUGGAUUGCUCUAUCGGGACCAAGACUCUUGGGUUGAUGGUGACCAUUGCAGGAAUUGUACAUGCAAAAGUGGCGUUGUGGAGUGCCGGCGGAUGUCCUGUCCCCCGCUCAGAUGUUCCCCAGACUCCCUCCCUGUGCACAUCGCGGGCCAGUGCUGUAAGGUCUGCCGCCCAAAAUGUAUCUAUGGAGGAAAAGUUCUUGCAGAAGGCCAGCGGAUUCUAACCAAGAGCUGUCGGGAAUGCCGAGGUGGAGUUUUAGUAAAGAUCACAGAAACGUGUCCUCCUCUGAACUGCUCAGAAAAGGAUCACAUUCUUCCAGAGAAUCAGUGCUGCCGGGUCUGCAGAGGUCAUAACUUUUGUGUUGACGCACCUAAAUGUGGUGAAAACUCAGAGUGCAAAAACUGGAAUACAAAAGCGACUUGUGAGUGCAAGAACGGUUACAUCUCUGUCCAGGGAGACUCCGCCUACUGUGAAGAUAUUGAUGAAUGUGCAGCUAAGAUGCAUUAUUGUCAUGCCAAUACUGUGUGUGUCAACCUGCCAGGAUUAUAUCGCUGUGACUGUGUCCCAGGGUACAUUCGUGUAGAUGACUUCUCUUGUACAGAGCACGAUGAAUGUGGCAGUGGGCAGCAUAACUGUGACGAGGAUGCUAUCUGCACCAACACCGUCCAGGGACACAGCUGCACCUGCAAACCAGGCUACGUGGGCAACGGGACCAUCUGCCGAGACAUUGACGAAUGUGCCUUAAGAACUCACACCUGUUGGAAUGAUUCUGCCUGCAUCAACUUGGCGGGGGGCUUUGACUGUCUCUGCCCCUCUGGGCCGUCCUGCUCUGGCGACUGCCCCCAUGAAGGAGGACUGAAGCGCCACGGACAGGUGUGGACCCUGAAAGAGGACAGGUGUUCUGUCUGUUCCUGCAAGGAUGGGAAGAUAUUCUGCCGACGGACAACUUGUGAUUGCCGGAAUCCCAGCGUGGACCUUUUUUGCUGCCCAGAGUGUGACACCAGGGUCACGAGCCAGUGUUUAGAUCAAAACGGACACAAACUCUAUCGAAGUGGAGACAACUGGACCCACAGCUGCCAGCAGUGUCGAUGCCUGGAAGGGGAGGUAGAUUGCUGGCCACUCGCAUGCCCCAGUUUGAGCUGUGAGUACACAGCUCUCUUGGAAGGAGAGUGUUGUCCCCGCUGUGUCAGUGACCCCUGCCUGGCUGAUAACAUCGCCUAUGACAUCAGAAAAACUUGUCUGGACAGCUCUGGCAUUUCCCGGCUGAGCGGUGCACUGUGGACAAUGGCUGGAUCUCCCUGCACAACCUGUAAAUGCAAGAAUGGGAGAGUCUGCUGCUCUGUGGAUUUGGAGUGUCUUCAAAAUAAUUGAAAUGGACUCAUCACAGGAGAAAAAUGGACAAAUGGCCAUCCAAGAAGAAUAGAAGAGGAGAAAAAUCGGAGCUGAUUUUUUUUCUUCUGUCAUAGAUGAUUACCAAAGUCUCCAUCUGAGGAAGGUGUUUGGGGGUUACCUUCGGGACCGAUCACUUUGCUCAUUUCUGCUUACCUAGUCUAGGUGACCUACAGUGCAGUGCAUUUGAGUCUAUGGUUGUUAAGAGAAGCUUCCCGUGUUGUAAAUCAUGUUUCCCUCACCAUAUCAUUUGCGAAUACAUUUAAAUGAUUUCAUGGUAAAUGUUGAUGCAUUCUUUGGUUUAUUUUGUGUACUAAGGUUGAUGGAGACAGCACCAUUUUACUUAUUUAUUUAUUUAUUUAUCUUGAUUUCUGGAUCAGAUUCUGAAAAUAAAAUUGCCUGUUGUGAUUUUGUCCCAUCCACUGCAUACUUAGCAUUGAGAUUCUUGUGAAAUGAAUUGAAGAAAAUGCGUAUGUAGGGUCCAAUCACAGCAAACAUAUACUUCUAGGCAUUAAAUAUACUUAGAUGGACACUGUUCGGCAAAGGCAUACUGAAGGCAAUUAUGAUACCUUAAAGGGGAAAAGGCCACAAACAAAUACAUUUCUGAGAAAGUGCUCUCCCCUUCCUCAUGAAAAAAAAAAUAUAUAUAUAUAUAUAAAAUCUUAACCCACCAUUUAGAAGCAGUAGUGUUUAAAACCCUUCUUAGCUACAAAAGCAAAGUUAUCUUACCAUUGAUUUUAUAUAGCAUUUAAUAACUAACAAAGCACUUUAGUAGUUAUUAGUAAAGUUAUCAUAACGGAGGUAAAUAAUACUAUUUACCCUAUAAUACAAAGACACGAAUUAAGGAGUCUGGUAAACCCAAAGUUUUAAAGCUCCUGGAUUUAUAAUACAUCAGGUUCAUUAACCAAGGCUUCUACUUCUUGUCCCAGGCUGUUUUCCACUAAACCACAUUGCCUUGCAUAGGAAUGAAGAGGAUUCUGAGAAAAUCUAUUUUUAGGCUCAGUAGUUACUCGGAACAGUGAAUGAUUCUACUUGAGCUACUGCAAUAUUUCUAAAAGUUGGCAGGUAUUAAAUUAUACAAAAUGGAUAAAAUGUAAAAGUGAAAUUUUAUCUGAGCUGAGAAUUCAACCUUUUCUACUUUCAGAUAAAUCAGUUAUUCUGAAUCAAGUUAGUUCAUGGAUUUCCAACCACUCCCCCAACAUCAAAACAUCUAACUGGCUAUAUGAGGCAUGCUAAAAAUUACACUUAAAAUUUAAUUAGAACUUUUAGUUAAAACUUUUAAACCUAGUCAUUGUCAUUAUUAUUUAUUCAUAUUUGUCGAAUGGAGGUGAUAAUUAAAACCUAUUGUAAAAAUGGAGUGCACUACAUGAAAUCAAUUUCAUGUGAAUUGUAAUAAAAGUUUAAAUACUACCUUUGACAACGACUGAGAUAAUAUGCUAAAUGAGAGUGCAUCUCUGUUGUAAUCCUUUAAAUGAAAUUUUGAAGUGAAGAAUUUAAAAAUUACUCUUUUGAAAAUAUUGAUAACAAGUCAUGUAAAAAGAAACCUUUCAUUUUUUUGUUGGAACCAGGUACAUCUACAAAAAAUUAUUUGUGAUUGCAUAUGUCUGGGAUGGGGGAACCAUGGCUCCGUGUGUCAGCUCCAGCUCUUUCCAGUUUGGCUUAGAAAGGCUUGUUUAUCUGCGGACUGUCCAUAGUUGCAGACAGAAUGGCAAUGGUUUCCACAGAUAACACAUGGCUUACACAAGACCAAGGCUUUACUAUCUUGUCUUCUCCUGAAAAAGUUUGCCCACCUCUGGAACAGAUGAAUACCGAAUAUGGAUAUGUAUUUUAGAAAUGUCCCACAUCUUUUCCCAAGGAACUUUCAAAGCUCAACAACUUUAUUUGAGUUUGUGUAUGUACACACAUGACUCUCAUGCCGUUGGCGCUCAUGGCUCAUCAUAAAAUAUCCUUAUUUCACAAGUACAAUUGUUUUUUUUUUGUUGUUGUUGUUGUUGUUUUUUUGGUACCGGGGAUUGAAUUCGGGUCCUUGUGCUUGCCACAGAACCACUGAGCUAAAUCCCCGGCCCUCACGAGUACAAUUGUAAGACCCAAUACUUUCUUGUUUUCAUUUGAGCAGAUGGGGUAUAUUUAAACUGGGCUAACCUGAUGAUAUAACUUUAUUGUGUUUAGCUGCACAGUUAACAUACUUAUCAGCUUAGCUCCUAUUAAUAAGGGUAUGCUUUCUCCACAGCAAUGGAUCGCAUUCGUAUAUUAUUAAAUGUUAUUGAAUCAGGUGUGGUGGAGCACUUUAUACAUAGGUGGUGUGCUAAGCUACACUGGGGAAAUAAAAAGAUUAACAAGACAGAACCUUGUUUGUUCUUGGUUUUGAUACUGAGGACUGAACCCAGGAUUUCCUUGCUGAGUUACAUCU